AUGGCCGCUUCUCCACAGGCCCCCCGUGCCGAAUCAGCGCGAUUGUCGAAUGGUGGUGCAGGUCGAGAGAAAGAUGCGAGUUCCGCGCACGGGAGAGAAUACAUUCGCUUUGAAGUCGUUGACUUUCACUGCAAGGCACUUUCAAAGGUCGUGCCGGCGCGGCACAGAGACGUCAAAGUCUACAUGUACUCUGGUGCCCUAGCAUAUGGAGCAAACCAGGAGGUGAUGUUGCUCCCAGAUGAAAUAGCUGCUGCCGGCUGCCCAAAUGCCAAGCUCGUCCCAGAUUGGUCGACUGAACAGGUUCUGCCAUGGGCGUGCCGGCCGUCGAAAAACAUAGUCGUGAAGCGCGUUUACUGCGAAAUGGAGGGCAUGAAGCUGGGGCCCCGCUCCCUUUGCGGCCGAAUGCUGGCCGAACUGAAAAGCUUUGACGGCAAAGGCUAUGAGCUCCUGGCAGGCGGCGAGCUCGAGUUCGUCAUGGCUAAAUGCAAAGAUGGAUCCGGCGAAGUCUGGGAACCGAUGUUCAACGGCCCUGAAAUCUUCACUACCCUCCAGUCAUGCAAAGCCAUCGAUUUCUGCUACGACAUGGAAAGGCACAUGGAGUCCGUGGGGGUGGAUAUCCUCACGAUGAACACCGAAUACGGCAAAGGCCAGCUCGAGAUCACGUUCGCACCAAAGUUUGGCAUUGAGGCUCCCGACAUGACUGCUACCUUCCGAACGGGGACAAAAGAGAUGGCCCAAGACCUCGGCCUUCGUGCGACGUUCAUGGCCAAACCUUUCGGAGUCAGCGGAGUCGGGAAUGGUGGACACAUGAACUUCUCAAUCUGGAUGCCUGGUGGUGUCAGAGGCAGCGAUCCAAAUGAUGUCGUUUCGAGGGUCACCUCGGGGAAGCUGAAUGCUUUCCACUCCUCUGAAGAUGCCAAAGGGUUGUCGCCGGCGGCACGAUCGUUUUUGGCAGGCAUUCUGGCCCAUGCCCCAGCGCUGGAAGCGCUUUGCUCGCCCACGCCGCCCUGUUACUGCCGUCACGGCAACUGGGCGCCCACCGUGGCGAACUGGGGUUUCGACGAUCGAACUGCCUGUGUGCGAGUGAAAGCUGACCGGCGGGGCCCACAAGGGAGCUGCUACAUGGAGCUGCGAAUGCCUUCUGCGGCAGCAAACCCGUAUUUGGUACUCGCAGGUCUUGUGGCCAGCGGUUUGGAUGGGCUUCAGCAGGGUUUGGACCUGCCUCCUGAACGUCAGACGAAGGCAGACGGCGCUGCGGCGCUGCCUACCGCCUUGGAUGAAGCCUUGCGAGCCUUCGAAGCUGACAGCUACCUGGUUUCUAAGCUUGGCCAGCGCUUUGUGCGAUGGUACGUGGAUGUGAAGCGUGCUGAGCUAAAGUUUAUCGAGGAACGCCUGAAGGGUACUUCAAGCACGGACGAGGACGUCAGUGCUGCUUGGCAGGCACUGUAUUUCGAAUUCGUUUGA